AUGAAGGACCUGGGGGAAUUGAAAUUCUUUCUGGACAUAGAGUUCUCCAGGUCUGAGAAAGGAAUGCAUUUAUGUCAAAGAAAAUAUGCUUUUGAAUUGAUAUCUAAAGUAGGGUUAACAGGCAGCAAACCUAGUGAUACACCACUGGAGUUUAAUCAUAAACUCACCUCAGUAGAAUAUGACAACUUUGUUAAGACUGAUCAGACUUCUGAUGAUACCCUACUUCAAGAUAAAGGAUGCAACCAUAGAAUUGUGGGAAGGUUGUUGUAUUUGACUAUGGCAAGGCCAGAUUUGGCCUUUGUGGUGCAACUACUAAGUCAGCAUAUGCAUGAUCCAAAGAUGUCUCAUUUAAAGAAAACUACGAGAAUGAUCAAAUAUAUCAAGGGUACUGUAGGUCUGGGAUUGUUUAUGCCAGUUGAUGACAAGAAGGAAUUGACUACAUUUUGUGACUUUGAUUGGGCUUCUUGUGUGGAGACUAGGAAGUCAGUUAGUUUCUAUGUUGUGGAACUUGGUGAUGCAUUGAUCUCUUGGAAAUUCAAGAAACAACAAACAGUUUCAAGAAGCUCAGCUGAAGCUGAGUUCAGAAGCAUGACCUCUACUGUUGCUGAAAUUACUUGGUUAACGGGGUUUACUUAA